AUGCUUCAGGUUGAAGUCGAUGAAGGAGAAGAGGACAGCUACUUCCGAUUCCAAUGCGGGAAACAAGUCAGAUAUGUGACAAUCGCGGCUGGGGUCUACACGGCAGACGUGAUGGUGUUCGCGCCUGAUCUCUUCACUGUCCUACCUGCGUUUCCGCCUGGAGACUGGAAUUAUGGAUACAUUGGCAAAGAUCCGAAGACCGGGACACCGUGUUUCAUCGAGACUUCCCGAAGACAGCUUCCGGGUGUCGAGGAUGUCUGGCACCCGACCGACGUGGACCAUCUGGACGUCGUGUACGGAGAAAGGCUGCGCAACGGGGUCUACCGGGUGACCACUGCGAUGUUCGCCGAAAUCAUCGUGGCGAAAUUUGCGGUAUUUGAACAUGAGAUUGGCUAUUCCAACAGCGAAUGCGCCGCGUACCAGUGGAUCGAAGGACAGAACAUCGGCCCGAAGUUUCUCGGCAAUCUCGUCGAGGACGGGCGAGUCAUAGGGUUCCUCAUGGGAGACAUCACAGACGCAAAACACGCCGACAUCGACGACUUGUCAUUAUGCCAGGAAGCGCUGCGGCGUCUGCACCAGCUCGGCAUCCUUCACGGGGAUACGAACAAGCACAACUUCCUGAUCAAGGACGGGCGGGCGGUUCUGAUCGACUUUGAUACUGCGCGGAAGUGUGACGACCAGGAGGAGUUUGCGAAAGAGCUCAAUGGCCUGGACGAGCAGCUGAACGAUACUUCGGGACGCGGAGGGAUGAUUAUUGAAGAGCCUGUUGCAGUGGAUACAGCGACAUGCGCCGCCAGCGCUGCCUCGAGGUGA